AUGGAACCACAGCACGUGCGCCCCGCGCCCGGCGCCCGCAGCCCGGCCUGGGAGGAACCGGAGUCGGAGAGGAUGGCCGGGGCCGGCGGCCAGCACCACCCUCCGGGCGCCGCGGGAGGAGAGACCGCCACGGCCGGCGCCGCGGUCACCCCCGCCGCUGCCUCGGCGGGGCCCGGAGACGAUUCGUCUGACAGCGAAGCGGAGCAAGAGGGACCCCAGAAACUGAUCCGCAAAGUGUCCACCUCGGGGCAGAUCCGGACCAAGACCAGUAUUAAAGAGGGACAACUAUUGAAGCAAACCAGUUCCUUCCAAAGAUGGAAAAAGCGUUACUUCAAACUUCGAGGCCGUACACUUUAUUAUGCAAAGGACUCAAAGUCUCUGAUAUUCGACGAAGUUGACCUCUCAGAUGCCAGUGUAGCCGAAGCAAGCACAAAAAAUGCAAACAACAGUUUCACGAUAAUCACUCCAUUCAGAAGACUAAUGCUGUGCGCUGAGAACAGGAAGGAGAUGGAGGAUUGGAUGAGCUCACUGAAGUCUGUACAGACCAGAGAACCUUACGAGGUGGCCCAGUUUAACGUGGAACAUUUCUCAGGGAUGCAUAACUGGUACGCCUGCUCCCAUGCACGACCCACUUUCUGUAACGUGUGCAGAGAGAGUCUUUCUGGAGUCACCUCCCAUGGCCUGUCCUGUGAAGUGUGUAAAUUCAAGGCUCACAAAAGAUGUGCAGUGAGGGCAACAAAUAAUUGCAAAUGGACGACUCUGGCCUCCAUCGGGAAGGACAUCAUAGAGGAUGAAGAUGGAGUAGCUAUGCCCCAUCAAUGGCUCGAGGGUAACCUGCCUGUCAGUGCCAAAUGCGCCGUGUGUGACAGAACAUGUGGGAGUGUCCUGCGCCUACAAGAUUGGAAAUGCCUUUGGUGUAAAACAAUGGUACACACUGCCUGCAAAGAUUUAUACCAUCCUGUGUGUCCCCUUGGCCAAUGUAAAGUGUCCAUCAUACCUCCAAUUGCACUGAAUAGCACUGAUUCUGAUGGUUUCUGUAGAGCGACCUUUUCAUUCUGUGUUAGUCCUCUGUUGGUUUUUGUCAAUUCUAAGAGUGGAGAUAAUCAGGGAGUAAAGUUCCUUCGUCGAUUUAAACAGUUGCUAAAUCCGGCUCAGGUGUUUGAUUUAAUGAACGGAGGUCCUCAUUUAGGUUUAAGAUUAUUCCAAAAGUUCGACAACUUCCGAAUUCUUGUUUGUGGAGGAGAUGGAAGUGUGGGUUGGGUUUUGUCAGAAAUUGAUAAGCUCAACUUGAAUAAACAGUGUCAGCUGGGCGUAUUGCCUUUGGGUACAGGAAAUGACCUUGCCCGGGUUCUAGGCUGGGGUGGUUCCUAUGAUGAUGACACCCAACUUCCUCAGAUACUAGAGAAGCUGGAACGAGCCAGUACCAAAAUGCUAGACAGGUGGAGCAUAAUGACCUAUGAACUCAAAUUGCCACCAAAGGCUUCUCUACUUCCAGAACCUCCAGAAACAUCGGAAGAAUUUUAUAUGACAAUUUAUGAGGACUCCGUCGCAGCUCAUCUUACAAAAAUCCUCAAUUCUGAUGAACAUGCAGUGGUCAUAUCAUCUGCCAAGAUACUCUGUGAAACUGUAAAGGACUUUGUUGCCAAAGUAGAGAAGGCCUAUGAAAAAACGUUGGAAAACGCCGUUGCAGCCGACGCCGUGGCCAGUAAAUGUUCAGUCCUAAAUGAAAAGCUUGAACAACUGCUUCAAGCUCUGCACACGGAUUCCCAGGCUGCCCCCGUUCUCCCAGGCAUCCACUCUCUCAUUGUAGAAGAAGAUACCGUGGAAUCUUCCAGUGAAGAAUCCUUGUGUGAAAGCAAAGAACAGCUCGUGGAUAACCCUGCAAAACCUCCCUCCCAGAAAGCUGUCAAACCAAAGGAAAUAAUGUUGCGGGCAAACAGUUUAAAGAAAGCAGUGAGACAAGUCAUUGAAGAAGCCGGCAAAGUUAUGGACGACCAGAGUGUUCAUCCCUGUGAACCAGUUAACCAGUCAUUCGAUAAUGAUAGUACAGAAACAGAUGAAUCUAAAGAAGAAUCUAAAGACGAUGAUGCAAAAGAGUCAUUAACUGUUAAAACUGCACCUGCACCUCGGUCUCCAGAUGGCCGGGCAAGUCGUUCCCAAACUGACUCUGGCUCUGGUCCAGCUGUGGCAGCCAGCAAAGAAAACCUCCCUGUGCUCAACACCAGAAUAAUCUGCCCAGGUUUAAGAGCAGGAUUAGCUGCCUCGAUUGCUGGGAGUUCUAUAAUCAACAAAAUGUUACUAGCAAAUAUUGAUCCUUUUGGUGCAACGCCAUUUAUUGACCCAGAUCCAGAUUCAGUAGAUGGAUAUUCAGAAAAAUGUGUCAUGAACAAUUACUUUGGGAUUGGAUUAGAUGCAAAAAUUUCAUUAGAAUUUAAUAACAAGAGAGAGGAGCACCCUGAAAAAUGCAGGAGCCGAACUAAAAACUUGAUGUGGUAUGGAGUCCUUGGAACCCGGGAGUUAUUACAGAGAUCGUAUAAGAAUUUAGAACAGAGGGUUCAACUUGAGUGUGAUGGGCAGUAUAUUCCUCUCCCCAGUCUGCAAGGAAUAGCAGUGUUGAACAUUCCCAGCUAUGCGGGAGGCACUAACUUUUGGGGCGGAACUAAAGAGGAUGAUAUAUUUGCUGCACCAUCAUUUGAUGACAAGAUCCUGGAAGUUGUUGCAAUAUUUGAUAGCAUGCAAAUGGCAGUUUCAAGGGUCAUUAAACUGCAGCAUCAUCGAAUAGCCCAGUGCCGUACAGUAAAAAUCACUAUAUUUGGCGAUGAGGGAGUCCCAGUGCAGGUGGAUGGUGAAGCAUGGGUUCAGCCUCCAGGAAUUAUCAAAAUUGUGCACAAAAACAGAGCUCAGAUGCUAACAAGGGACAGGGCUUUUGAAAGCACUCUGAAAUCUUGGGAAGAUAAACAGAAGUGUGAUUCUGGUAAACCAGUUCUUCGAACCCAUUUGUACAUCCAGCAUGCCGUUGACUUGGCAACAGAAGAGGUGUCCCAAAUGCAGUUAUGCUCCCAGGCUGCAGAGGAGCUCAUUACUAGGAUCUGUGAUGCAGCCACGAUCCAUUGUCUCUUGGAGCAAGAACUGGCCCAUGCUGUGAAUGCAUGCUCCCACGCACUGAAUAAAGCCAACCCACGCUUCCCAGAGAGUCUUACGAGAGACACUGCCACUGAAAUAGCCAUCAAUGUGAAGGCACUAUAUAAUGAAACAGAAUCUUUACUAGUGGGCAGGGUUCCUUUGCAGUUAGAAUCCCCGCACGAGGAACGCGUAUCUAAUGCCUUACAUUCUGUGGAGGUGGAGCUGCAGAAGUUAACGGAGAUCCCUUGGCUUUAUUAUAUCUUACACCCAAACGAAGAUGCGGAGCCCCCCAUGGAUUGCACCAAGAGAAACAGCAGAAGCACAGUCUUUCGUAUCGUGCCAAAAUUUAAAAAGGAAAAGGUUCAGAAGCAGAAGACAAGUUCACAGCCUGUUCAAAAAUGGGGCACAGAGGAAGUUGCUGCUUGGCUGGAUCUGCUCAAUUUGGGAGAGUACAAAGAAAUCUUCAUCCGUCAUGACAUCAGAGGGGCUGAACUUUUGCAUCUGGAAAGGCGAGAUCUUAAGGACCUGGGGAUAACGAAAGUGGGUCAUAUGAAGCGAAUUCUCCAGGGAAUUAAAGAGCUUGGAAGGAGCACUCCCCAGUCUGAGGUGUAAUCAUGCUGGUGCUAUUCCUUGGAAGGGAAGUAAUUGCUACUUAAUCAAAGCUCUUAGAAGCAAUUGUCUGUUUCUGUCCUUUUCUGCCUAGAAAAGCAAGCACCAGGGAAGCACCUCUAUGGCUUGAUAUUUUGCUGUGGGUGAAAAUUUUCAUUUGAGGUAUUAGAAAAUAUUUUUGUGCCAAAUAAUACAUUCCACAAAGCCAUUUUCUUAUUGUGCAAACUUGACGUGUUCAAAUAUGCUCAUAUUAGUAAGAAGGUAGGAAGAAUCCGAGACAAUUGCAUUGUCUGAAAGGUGGAAACGUUUACUUACGUUUGACUUUCCUUAAACCUGGUCAGAUGGAAUGUUCUUACUACGUGACUGCAUAACAAUAUGUGGCUAAAACUUCUUAGGUUUCAUUAUUGGAGGCAUUGGCUUCUUCCUUAAAAUCAUUGGUUAGGAGACUAAGAUAUAAAUUAGGUUGUGUUUUGAAUGUUAGAUUGGGUGUCACCUCAGAUUCCUAGCAUUCAGUGGUCAUAGAAAAUGGUUGAAACCCCUCAAAUAUUAUGAAUGAAUGCAAAUCUUAAUGCACGACAUUCCUGCCUGAAUGGUCUUUCUUUUUCUUGCAUGUCACAUGUAAUCUCGUAAAACUUAGCUUUCAUGUCAGUUUUAAUGGAAUUUAAUUUAUUACUACCGAAGUACCCUUUUGUUGGUUCAAGGCACUUGUCUGUUCUUUGAUGUGGGAUUUUGGAUAGAUGCUGUAUCUAAGAAUUUGUGACCAGGUGUCUGUGCCAUAAUCAACAAAUGAUACACAUUUUAUGCAAGUCAAUUUGAUGUCACUCUAUAUCAUCAACAGUAGACAUGCACAUGAAGAAAAUCUCUGGAUAUUUUUAUAAAAUUACAUGUUCUGUUGCCGAACAAAACUUAUUAUAGCUUCCCAAACCAAAAUUCCCACAUUUUGUGGGGGUUUUUUUGCUUUAAUUUAGUGUUUAUUUAAUACUCUGUUAGCAUUUAUAAUAUAGUGGGCUGUUGACAUCCAGGAGUUUCCCCAAGGUCUCAACUGGGAUUUGUAUACUGAUUGGUCACCCAGACUUACCCACUAGCUGGAGUGACUACUGACACAACUCAACAAGAAAUUUAAAUUUUUAAAUUUUUUCUUAAGGGCUUUAUAUUAUUAUUAUUAUUAUUAUUAUUAUCUCACUUAAUUCUUAUAUCAGGUAGAUAUUAUUUUCCUUUUUCUAAACCACUAUACUUCAGUGUAAGCUUAUGAGGAGUCAACAUUACAAUUACCAAAUCUUUGAAAGCCAAAGGCACGUGUCAAAAAGUCACAAAAAUAUCCUUAAACAAUAUUUCUUUAGACAUAUGUACCAAAAAUUAAUUAUAAUAUUUAAAAAUCUAUUAUAUAAGAGAAGAAAACAGGGUAUUGACCCAGUGGUGACAAUUUUCAUGAAGUAGCCUUCUAAGUAGGUGCUCAAUAGAUACACAUACACACACAUAUGCAUAUACAUGUACAUUCACACUUACAUAUGCAUAAUCUUGAAAUAUUGAUAUUUUCUAGACAAUUAUUUGCCAAAUGCUUAAUGAGAAAUAUUAGUGGGAAAGCAUUUAAAAUGGACAUUGUCAGACAUAUAAUUUAAUUAUAGCAAAGGAGUUUAAAUAUUUGACACUUUAUUCUUAUUCAUAAAUUGGGUAUUUAACUACUAAGAAAAAAAAUCACAAAAUUUGGAUAUCUUAAAAAUAAAUGAGCCUGAUCAGUUCCUGACCAAAUAUGUCUGACUAUAUAUUUUACCUGUUUAAGUUGUGAAUAAAUAGAAAUUUUCCAAAGGGAAUUAUAUCAAGUAGCGUGAAAGAGUCAAAAGCUACUCACUUUAUAUUGGAAUGUUAUCUACACUUUAUGAAAUCAAAGGGCUUCUUUUCCAGUCCCUUUAUAGCCCCCAUCUGCCCAUCCCCUGCAAGGGGUCCUGCUUUUCCAGGCAUUUCCCUGUAGAAUUAAAAGACAGAUGCCAGCCUCUCUUUGGAACUCAGCUAUGAGAUCACAGAUCCCUGACCAGCUCGGCCAAAAAAAGAAAGGUAGGGGCAAAGAGGCAAGGAACUCUAGAGAAGAAGUAGCUAAUAUAAAAAUCUUUAUUGAUUUCCAUUCGCCCAAAAUACCCCUUUGCCACUAGAAAAGAUCUAAGGUAUUACAUGUUCAGAAUUUGAGUAAGAUGUAAAUGAUUAAAUUUUUUGUUUGA